UCCGGAAAAUCGGCGGCAAAAAGUGAGGAAGUUAACACUUUUUAUUAACAUUUUCGGUCGGUUUCAUACGCAUUUGGGAACGGAUUAAGUUAGUUUUCACCCAGGGUAUUCGUUCGCGUUGGCAAAAUAACCCGUCAAAGUUGCUGUGCAGGUUUGAUGAGGGUGGAAGGUAAAACGAAUUCUUCAAACAGUUUUACUCCACCGGACGAGUGGAAAUUCGAACUGGAAAAGAGAAAAUGAACCGCGACGAAGAAUUGGAAGCUUGGAAGGAGCUUUAUAAAGAAUUGUUAGCGCGCUACCAAGAUUUCAAAAGCCGAUGUACAUGCCAUAUGAAAAACCUGCCCGAUGACACAGAAGAGAUCGAAGUAAUUGAAGAAAGCGAAGGCAUCGAAGAAACUGUGGAUAUCGAAGAAAACGAUGGUAUCGAAGAAACCGUGGAGAUCGAAGAAAACGAAGGUAUCGAGGAAACCGAACGAAUUGAAGAAACCGUGGAGAUCGAGGAUUCCGAAGGGAUCGAGGAAACCGUUGUGAUCGAAGAUGCUGAGGGAAUCGAAGAAACCAUGGGUAUUGAAGAGACUGAAGGAAUCGAAGAAACCGUAGAGAUUGACGAGAUUGACGAGAUUGAAGAGGAAACGCUUGACACCUCAGAUUCCCAACCCCCCCUCAUGUUAAAGGACGAUUUGCCACCGGACUCUGAAAGAAGUGAAACAAAUCGCCUAAUUUCCUACGCUCCCCCCAAAUUGCCCGUGGGCAGCAUUUAUGACUUACACUGUAUCAAUAAUUUCUUAAAAACCGAACAAGGGGAACGAGUGAUAAGAAAGGCAUACUUUAAACAUGUCCCGGCGAAACACGUAAUCGUAGAUAUAUUUUUCGAGAGAGAGUUUUUGACAAAAGUUGAGUUUAGCAAGGUUCAUCAUAGUAGACAAGUGGUGUUGAGGAAAUUCCCCAAUUUUUUAAAGUUUUUUUGUGGACUAAACAAAGAAUUUUACGACUUUUCCGAAGAUAAAACGUUGAAAAGGUUGAAAGGUACAAUUCACCGGCAACGUAAGGGAUUGAGAAAGUAAAACCAUGAAUAUAAAUCAAAACCAAGUAUUUUUAAUAUAUUCGCUGAAAAGCGAGAAGGACCCUCUGGGCUUUGUCCUUGCUAGUUUUUAGUAAAAUCCAGAAAUAAAACUCUAAACUUUCGUUCCGUUUUUGAACCGUUUAGCCGUGGCCACACGGAGCGAAAAUUUGCGCGCAAAUUUACAAAUUAAUGCCAAAUCGUUUACGCUUCGAUAUGUUUACGUGGCCGGGUUGAGGAAAUUAAAAUCGUUUUGUGGAAGAAAAGGAUUGAACACACUAGCAAUGAUCACUAUCUAUCAAUGUAAACCACAAAUAGAACAUAUUGCGAGCCCUUCCGUUUGCAAACAGCUUUUACUCUAGGUUUUACGCUCCACGGACCUAUAAUCGUUUGACAGCAUGUAAACGGCAAGCGUAAAUGUUUUGGCAUUAAUUUUUUCGUUUGCGCUAGAGUUUUCGCCCCGUGUGGCCACG